GACCUUACGUUCCCUUGGGUCUGGGGGUCUGGAAGCAGGCAGGCUUUCCCGAGGCUCCUGGGACUGAUCUUCUGGGCUGGUGCUGCCCAGCGCAUCGAGCAGGAACAUGUCCUGGGGGUCGUGAUUGAGAAGGGGCAACUCUGGAGGCAGACCGAGGAGGAUUUGGCCCCUCCAGAGUGGGGGAAGGGAGGAUGGAAAGAGCCUGUGCUUUCCAUGCUAAGAGCUGGACGCCUCGUCCCGUGCCAAGGGGACCCGCGCUCCUCCACAAUUCUAUCAGCUGUGGCCUUUGGGAACCAAGAGGAAGUCCCCAGGCUUGAAGCCCAGCUCUGCCUCGGGCCCCUCCUGGUGCCUCACAUGGACUGGGCGGUCCCCAAGGUCCCUUUCAGUUCUGAAUCCUGCAUGUCCACGAAGGCCUGCGAAGCAGGCGUCAGCGUACCCCAGCCCCCGGCAACCAUCAUCCAGCAACUGCCUCAGCAGCCCCUCGUCACUCAGAUCCCCCCAGCCCAGGCCUACCCUGCCCCAAGGUCAGGGAGCAUCAAGGAAGACAUGGUAGAGAUGAUGCUGAUGCAGAAUGCGCAGAUGCACCAGAUCGUGAUGCAGAACAUGAUGCUGAAAGUCCUGCCGCCCAUGGCCUCUCCUGCCAACGAAGUGAACCCGCCUUGGCUUCGGUCUGCUCAACAGGAUCCACAGCUGGCAUUCCGAGCUGAAAAGCCGAGGGCUUCUGCAGUACACCAUCAUCACCAUUACAGCCCCCCAGGCCUACAGGCUCUCCCUGCCUCUCUGCCCCCGAUGGGCUACCCCGGAUGGCCUCCCCUGCUUCCAGCCCAGGCCCCAGGCUUCCAGCCCGCCAUCCGGCACCUGAUGGGACCCACGACCACCAUGCCUGCCCUCCACACGGUAGCAUCCGACGGAGCCCUCCCCGGUCUGCCCCCCGGCUUGUAAGCCCGGCAGGGCUCUAACACUGGUAAGU